GGCGAAUAAAACGCAAACUCGACUCGCCGUUUCACGCUCCUCGCACCUCGCACCCGUCACCAAAUAAGGUCUAUUCAUGUUGACCGCGUUUUCUUCUUUCCCUUUAUCCCCACCCCAGCGGCCCGAAGCAACGUUCGACAUAGCGAAAACACAGGGGUCGUCGUCGCGAUACCGCGCGUUCGCGUUCGCUCGUCUUCCCGUUCACGUGACUCGACCUCGCUCACGCACCUACAUACGUACGUACGCACGCUUCUCCGUCGUCGCUCCGUCGAUCGACAGGUAGGCGCGAGGAAGAGAGAGCCAACGGUGAACCGAUAACCAGUCACCGAUAACCAGCCAGCCAGCUUGUUGGAGGAGUCACGUGAUCGCCGUAUAGUUGGAUAUAGUUUGCCGAAGACAUGGCGGACAAGGAGGAUACUGAGAAGACCAUCGCCGAGGACUUGGUUGUCACCAAGUAUAAAAUGGCCGGCGAGAUCGUGAACCGAGUUUUGAAGCAAGUCAUAGACAAAUGCAUCGCUGGAGCAUCCGUGAGGGAGAUAUGCGAGUACAGUGACAAGCUGCUUCUAGAAGAGACUAGUAAAGUUUUCAAAAAGGAGAAGGAACUUAAGAAGGGGAUUGCUUUUCCAACAUGCAUAUCAGCCAAUAAUUGUAUUUGCCACUUCUCCCCUAUCGCUAGUGAACCUGAUCGUAUACUUAAAGACGAGGAUAUGGUUAAAGUUGACUUAGGAGCACAUGUUGACGGCUUCAUCGCUGUAGUGGCGCACACCAUUGUCAUUGGUUCUUCAGCGGAGAACAAGGUGACAGGCAGGAAAGCAGAUGUAGUUCUAGCUGCGCAUUACGCUUCUCAAGCUGCAUUGAGGCUUUUGAAGCCAGGUACAGAGACUUACACGAUAACGGGAACCGUGGAGAAGAUAUGUGAUGCCUAUAAAUGUAAGCCGAUCGAGGGGAUGCUGAGUCACCAGUUGAAACAAUUCAAGAUCGACGGGGAAAAGACGAUAAUCCAGAACCCGAAUGAUGCACAGAAAAAGGAACAUGAGAAAUACACGCUCGAAACUCACGAGGUUUACGCGAUGGACGUGUUGGUUAGUACAGGUGAGGGUGUAGGAAGGGAACAGGACACUCGGGUGACGAUAUACAAGAAGACAGAGGAGACAUAUCAGCUUAAAUUGAAGGCAUCUCGCAUGUUCUACUCGGAAGUAUCCCACAAGCACGGUCUCAUGCCAUUCAAUUUACGUACUUUCGAAGACGAGAAGAAAGCUAAAAUGGCUGUAGUGGAGUGCGUCAAUCAUAGGCUGAUCGAGCCAUUCCAAGUGCUGUACGAGAAACCGAACGAGUACGCUGCGCAGUUCAAAUUCACGGUGUUGUUGAUGCCUAACGGACCUCAUAAAAUUACAGGAAUUCCCUUUGACCUCGACGUAUAUCAAUCCGACUGUAUCGUGGAAGAUCCCGAGUUGAAGAAUCUUUUGAACUCUUCAGCGAAUCCGAAGUCUGCGAAAAAGAAGAAAAAGAAGGCCGAAAGGGCCGUAGGAGACGUCGCGAUGGAAGUCGAUGCCAAGGCCUAACACUGUCAUUUUAACGUAUACUAUGACUUAUGACAUCGUGCACUACUCCGAUAUUUUUUAUUUAGCGAUCUAAGAGUCAAGGCUGGACACUUUCGGGAUAGAUUCGUCAUAGAUAGCCGUAAACAUCGUCCGGAGACACUGCAUUGAUAAGUCGCAUUGUGCGACGCUUCAACGUUGCUACGUCCUCUCGCCAUCUUUUUAAAGGAAACGCCGGUAAUUAUCUGACAUUCGGACACGUGCGGUGCUUCAUAUAUAUACACACACACACACAUACACGUGGUGACUUCUCACUCACGGAGAAAGGAAGUGUCAACUUUCAUUCUACCAGAAUAAAACCUUAUCAUCAUAUGUCACAUCAAUCAAUUUACACACCAUCGACGCUUAUAAGUUUUUAUACCGGAGUAUAUAUAUAUAUAUAUAUGUGUCUUUUAACGGACCAUGGUAUUAUUAUUGUUGUCACGCGCUGAUUGGCGGUCACUUGUAUGACUAUUUGCAAUUGUUUUAUUGCAUUUACAAACACAUGAACUAAUGUUCUCGACGCGACGAUCUUGUGUGAUCGUUCUCCGUGGAUCGGAUUUAAUCAGAAAGAAGAAACGAAUCGUAUAUAUAUAUAUAUACACAUAUAUAUAUAUAUAUGUGUGUGUAUAAUGGUCCGUAUUCCAAAUGUACGUAUAAUGAUGUUAGCGGGCUAACAAGUCAAGAAAUACGAGCAUUCUCAGUAUAUCGGUAGUACUGUGUUGAGAAAAAUCGAUAAUCACGCGUGUUUACAGCAAAAUUCCUUCUCAGACUAAUAAAAAAAAUUUAUCAGCGCGCUAACAUCGUCGUAAGCGCGUUCGGAACACGAGCCUCUGUGUGUGUGUGUGUGUGUGUGUGUGAGUGUGUGUGUGUAUAUAUGGGUGCGUGCGUGUCGCGUACACGUGUGUGUGUGCGCGCGCGCGCAGUGAUGUGUGCGUGCUUGUAGUGCGCGUGUGUGUGCGUGGGUGUGUAUUCUAUAUUUACGAACAUUUUCUCUUGCUUCUGUACAAUCAAACCAUUCUGCAGAGGACGUCUAAUUGAUUCGCGUGUAACUGAAUUUCGGACGGGAUGUCACGGUUUAAGACUCCGGAGUAGUCGUCGCGGCCAUAUUGGAUUCGUGACGUUAUAGGCGAGAAAUGACACGUUGAGAAAUAUUGCCAUUUGCAAAUAAAGAGAUAUUUGGAUAAAACAGCAACACUCGAGGUCGAAUUUGAAGACACUCUGUGUGAAAAUGGACGAAACUCCUUUUCCCUCCUGACCGAGUCAAUAAAUUUAGUCGUCGAAAUAAGGCGCCGUUUAUGUAGGAAGACAUACGGUUUCACACAGCGGUUGAAUGAAAGGAAUGGAAAAUAUGCCCCCCGCGUAUAAAAUUCCAUGAUAAUCUUUCGUCCAUUUUUACAGGCUUAAUAAGUAUGUCACAAGUCGCUGCACUUGCACGAUAUUAAGCAAAUAAUAAGGAAAUGGACACGCGACACAAAAUUUCCUUGUUAAUCCGCGCCAUUCUCUUCACGCGUACAAGUGCGGUUCGGCAAGCGCCACACAAAUGCGAAGCGUUUCUCCUUCUUUUCCUUCUUUUCCUUCCUUUGCGCGGAUCCAAAGGAUAGUUGAGGAAGGAGAAACGCAUCGAAACGUAGCGCUUGCCGUGGACGUAUUCCAUUAGUUUAUCUUCUUGUCGCGUUCUAAUCCGUGUCGCCACUGUCAACGUGGAGUUCUCGGCCGAUUAUUCCGGAGCCCUUGAUUGUGAUUAGAUUAAAAUAUGCGUUGUAACUAUACCGUGAAUAUCCGUAUGAGAUACGAUUUCACUUCGUUAGUUCACGCUAGUCGAUUUUUGUAUUCUGUGUUCAGCUCCGAGAAACACCAUAAUAACGUCUAACUUCAAAUUGUAAUAAUUGGAGAGAGAUGUCCGUUUUGGGACAUUGCAUAAAUAAUGACACGCUAAUGAUGAUUCUUCGAAUGUUUCGUUGCGAAAAUACCCCCAACCGAGAGAGAGAGAGAGAGAGAGAGAUUACUUUGUUAUAAUUUAUUCUCAUAUUCUGUGCGUAAAUUCUAAAUUAUGUGCGGAGGAAACAGAGAUUGUUGUAGUAGCAGUUGGAAAUGCACUUAACAUCGAAUGAGUUUGUUUACGUGAGGAAAAGAGGAAAGAGAAUAGUUCUUUACAAAGGAAUACACAUUCUUAGGGAGUAAUUGACUUGCCGACUUGCUACAAGCCGCAAAUUAUAAAAAUUAAUACUGUGUAAUAAUAGUUUUGUAUGUAAGGAGGAAUAGAUAAUGUAUCUGUUAUA